AUGUUCGGUUGGGGUUCUUCCACAAACCAAUUCCCCGUUGAGGGACAGACUGUUCUCAUCACUGGUGGCUCUGAUGGAAUGGGCAAGGCGGUAGCUUGCCAGCUUGCGGAAAAGGGGGCAAACGUUGUCAUUGUGGCACGCACUGUCAAGAACCUCCAAGAAGCGAUUGAAAUGAUCAAGGCAUACGCUGCAGAUCUCAGCAAGCAAAGGUUUCACUACAUUAGUGCUGAUCUCACAGAUGCCGCAGAAUGCGAGCGUGCCCUGGCCGAAGUGACUGAGUGGAAUCGGGGUGUGCCGCCAGACGUCGUUUGGUGUUGUGCCGGCUAUUGUACUCCUGGUUUCUUCGUUGACACGCCUGUUGACACGCUGCGGAGCCAGAUGGAUACUGUCUACUGGACUGCGGCCAACACAGCGCAUGCAACUUUGAAGCAUUGGCUGAAGCCUGUUGGCCCAAGCGAGCAGGUACCGCUGCCUCGGAGACAUCUCAUCUUCACUUGCUCGACUCUUGCUUUUGUUCCUAUCGCUGGAUAUGCUCCCUACUCCCCAGCCAAGGCCGCAAUUCGCUCGCUGUCCGACACCCUCAGCCAAGAGAUUGAAAUGUACAAUGGUGCCCGCUCAGCAAGGUCGCGCACCGACGCCCCCCCUGCAGAUGUCAAGAUUCAUACGAUUUUCCCCAUGGGCAUCUUGAGUCCGGGCUUUGACAAGGAGCAACAGAUCAAACCGAAACUGACCAGGGAGCUGGAAGAAGCCGACAAGCCACAAUCCCCGGUGGAAGUUGCUCGGAUUUCAAUUCAAGGGCUCGAGAGAGGCGAUUAUCUGAUCACCACGAUGUUUGUGGGUCACAUGAUGAAAGGUACUGCGCUUGGAGCCAGCCCAAGGAAUUCUCUCAUUGGGGAUACUUUGACCAGCUGGGCCAGCAGCCUAGUUUUCUUGCAUGUGAUCCCUGAUCUUCGAAAGAAGGCUUUCAACUGGGGCUUCAAGAACGGUGUUACCAAAUCCUAG